UCUCAUAAAGCAAUGAAGAUUCAACCAAUCUUAUUGUUAUUGGUGAUAUCAAUGGUUUCCUGUGAUGAUGAGAGGUCCUUGUUGCUGCAAUUUAAGAACAGUCUCACGUUCGACCCUGAUUAUUCCACCAAGUUGAAGACAUGGAAUCAAAGUAUUGAAUGCUGUGAUUGGAGUGGUGUAACCUGCAAUGAUGAGGCUCAUGUUAUUGCUCUUGAUUUGAUUGAGGAAAACAUCCAAGGUGCAUUAGACAAUUCAAGCAGCCUUUUCAGUCUCCAACAUCUUCAGAGUUUGAAUUUGGCUUCCAAUGACUUCAAUUCUUCCAUUCCAUCCAAAUUCAACAAAUUGCAGACCUUAACUUACUUGAACUUGUCAGGUGCUGGCUUUGUGGGACAAGUUCCAACAGAAAUUUCUCAACUUACAAGGUUGGUUACUCUUGAUCUCUCAUUUUAUGGCAUAUCUUUAGACUCACCACUUGAGGUUCAAGAUUUUGGAAAGCUUGUUCAAAACCUCACCAAUAUUAGAAAAUUAUAUCUGGAUGGGGUAUCAAUAUCAGGUGAAGGACAUGAAUGGUACAAUGCUUUGCUGCUGCUGCCUAGCCUCGAAGAAUUGAGCAUGUCAGACUGUGGGUUGAUGGGAACAUUUCCUCCAGAAAUCUUUCAGAUUACAACUUUGUCAUAUAUUGACAUCUCAGUAAAUCAAGACCUCCAUGGUUCCUUUUUGGACUUUCCACUCAAUGGAUCUCUUCAUACCAUAAUAGUAGGUCAUACAAAAUUUUCUGGAACACUUCCUCUUUCUAUGGGUAACAUGGUGAAUUUAUCAAUAUUAUAUCUUUAUAAUUGCCACUUCAGUGGAACACUUCCCAUCUCAUUUUCAAAACUCACAGAGCUCAAGGAAAUGGAUUUAUCAAACAACAACUUUGUUGGUCCAAUUUCAUCAUCUGCUCUUUUUGAAGGAAUGCAAAGUCUUUCCAGUAUUGACUUGAGUUACAAUUCCAUUAGUGGCACCAUCCCUUCAUCUCUUUUCAUGAUCCCAUCAUUGCAAUAUGUUGACCUUUCCAACAAUCAAUUUAGUAAAUUGGAAGAGUUCAUAGAUGUGUUUACCUCUAAACUAGAGUACCUUGAUUUAAGUUGCAAUAAUCUAUCAGGGUCUAUACCACCACCUAUCUUCCAGCUUAGAGGGCUUGCUUCUCUCAAUUUAAGCAAUAAUAAAUUGUCAGGGCCAAUACCUCCAUCUAUCAUCCAACAUAGUGGACUUAAUGAGCUUGAUCUUUCCUCAAACAAGUUCAGUGGGGCAAUGCAGAUAGAUGCACUUGUUCAACUAAAAAACUUAAAUGAUUUAGACCUUUCAUUCAACAAGAUAGAUGAUGUGAAUUUCACAGAUGUUGCACUUUCCACCUUUCCACAGCUACGCAGUCUAAACUUGGCAUCCUGCAACUUGAAAACUUUCCCCGGUUUCUUGAGGUACCAAUCUGGUUUAAAUGAGCUGGACCUCUCAUAUAACCAGAUUCAAGGAACAGUACCCAACUGGAUUUGGAGACUAGAUAGUCUUGGCUAUCUUGAUGUCUCUCACAAUUUUCUAACUAAUUUUGAAGGGCCAUUGCAGAACCUUACUCAAAAUUUGGACACCAUCUUCCUUCAAUUCAAUCAACUGCAAGGGCCAUUCCCAGGUUUUCUCCAUUAUGCUGCUGUUGUGGAUUACUCAAGCAACAAUUUUAGCUCUGUUAUCCCAGUAGACAUUGGUCAUUACAUGUCUAAUACACUUUAUCUUUCUCUUGCAAACAAUAGUUUUCAUGGCAGCAUCCCUCAUUCCUUGUGCAGUGCUUCAAAGCUUCAAGUUCUUGACCUUUCUCAUAACAAAAUAUCUGGCAAAGUUCCCCAUUGUUUAAUGAACUUAGGUGAGACCCUUGGGGUAUUGAAUCUUGGGAACAAUGAAUUAACAGGCCAUAUCCCUGACACAUUUCCAAGUUCAUGUGCUCUACAUACUGUUGUUCUCAAUGAAAAUCGAUUAGCCGGGCCACUUCCCAAGUCCCUUGCACAUUGCACUGCCUUAGAGGUAUUAGAUGUUGGAAGAAAUCAAAUUGUUGGUGCCUUUCCUUGCUUUCUGAGUCACAUAUCCAAGCUUCUUGUCCUGGUUUUGCGGAACAAUAAAUUCCAUGGUCCAAUGGGAUGUCCUAAAGACAAUGGUCUCUGGAACAUGAUUCAGAUUGUUGAUGCAGCUUUUAACAACUUUAGUGGUGAACUGCCUGUCAAAUGGUUCAGAGGAUGGAAGAAGAUGAUAUCCAAUGAUGAUGGAGCAAACUCUGAGCUAAGCAAUAUCCAAUUUGGUCGUGAUAACAGUGACCCAAUAUAUUAUCAAGAUUCAGUAACGGUCAUAAGCAAAGGUCAAGAAAUGGAGUUGGUUAAAAUCCUAACAAUCUUCACUUCGAUUGAUUUCUCAUACAAUCAAUUUGAAGGACCAAUACCAAUAGAACUAAUGAAGUUCAAAGCACUAUUUUUGCUGAACCUGUCACACAAUGCUUUUUCAGGUCAAAUUCCAUCUUCUAUAGAGAAUUUGAAUCAGCUUGAAUCAUUAGACCUGUCAAUGAACUCAUUGGAAGGAGAAAUUCCCACAGAGCUUGCCAAUUUGAACUUCCUAUCCUAUCUGAACCUCUCCUUUAAUCAUCUCACAGGUAAGAUCCCAACAGGUACUCAGCUUCAGUCAUUUGAAGCAAGUUCAUUUGAAGGAAAUAAUGGGUUGUAUGGACCCCCACUAACCAAAAGUCCAAAUCAUGGAAUGCAUGCACUGCCACCACCUGAAAUGCCACCAUGUGGAAGCCUAGCUUGUGAAGUUCAUUGGAAUCUUGUGAGCGCAGAAAUGGGAUUGGUUUUUGGGCUUGGAAUUAUCUUUGGACCCCUCUUGUUUUGGAAGAAAUGGAGGGUGCACUAUUGUCAAUUUCUGGACAAAAUUCUUUGUCAGAUAUUUCCUCAACUAACUCAUAACUUUGAAAGGCGUGGAGGCCAAAAUUACAAGGUUCUGGUAUGGAGGAGGUGUUAGUCAUUCUUUAGUAUCUAAAACUGUUGAUGAUGCCAUUGAUGCAUGAAAAAAAAUGUGUUGGAUAUGUAAUAGUUUUACUUGUUUUCAUUCUCAGAUUUUGGAUAUGUAUUGUGCUAUUAAAUUAUCAUGUGUGUGUGUCUUAUGUUUCUGGUUUUGGUUUUGGUUUUGGUUUGUACUAAGGGUUAAUAAUUAUAUUUC